AUGCCACGGAAGUCACCACCCUAUAAAUCCGGUCUGCCCUACUUCAAACGCGACUGCGAAGCCUACUUCCCCAUCAAUGCCUUGACCGUCACAUGGAGCCGCGCCGAGCAAAACAACACGGUCAAUACAUUAUGGUAUGAUAACCCGUUCAAUGCGAGCGACGUCACGUUCGUGCGCGCAAAUAAGAGUAUGCCGCCGUAUCGUGAUGGGUUGGGAGGGUCGGAGCCAGCGUGGGUGAAUGCUCCAGCAGGAUUCGGCGCGCUUGCGAUGACUGUGCCACCGCCCGUUGCGGUCGUUGCUGGGCCUAUUGUAGCGCCUGUCCAUGCUGUUACAAUCCCGCCACAGCGGCCGGUGAACCGAUAUCCCUUCGACUUCUGGCCACCUAAGCCGUGGGACGCGGAGCCAGAUGACGCGACUUUAGGCAUGACCAUAAAAGCCAUCAAGUCUAAAGAAGAGCCCGAGAACGGUGAAAAGUGGAUGGAUGAUACCCAUGAUCCAUAUGGCGACGGAAGAAGGUGGAUAGGCGGGAAGUUUCUAGGUGCAGGCACUUUUGGAUGUGCAGGGUACAGAUUGAUAAUGCAGCAGCGCCGCUUCAAACUGUACCUGGACUUCUGUGAAGGUGGCGAUUUAUUCCAGGGAUUGAAAGAGCACUUUGACCGAUGGAAAAGAGGACAAGCAACGGAUGAAAUUGAGCGCCUCAAAGUCGUACCAGAGAGCUUGGUCUGGCAUGUUCUGUCGCAGCUUGUUGAUGCAUGCCUGGUACUCCAAACGGGAUCGAAAGAUCCCGCGACUACGGAGUCGGCUUGGUUACCAAUCACGCAUCUCGAUAUCUCGUUGAGCAACAUCUUCUUGGAGCCAGCGGCUGACGAUGCUUACCCAAACUGUGUCUUGAGCGACUUUGGUAUGGCAAUGUAUGCUCUAGAGCAGAGCGAUCCCACGGUGAGACCUACAGACAACCCCCAGGAAUAUGUGCUGGGCCACACCAGUUUCAAGUACCCUCCCGAGCAACAACUUGCACGAGGUACUCCGCCUGACUUAGCACCGUUGAAUGAGAAGACGGAUAUUUGGAGUAUUGGAGCAGCAGUCUGGUAUAUGAUUGCGAAUCGAUCGGUCGCUGGUCCGCAGCGCGAACUGCAUUACUCGGAAGACAUGCCGCAAAACGUGAACAUUGGCGAAGCGGAUCAUGGGCGACUAGACGAGCCCGGGGCGAAACUGUUUGAAGGUUUGGGCUUUCCAGCACUGAGCAAAUACUCGGAAGAGCUGAGGUCGUUGGUUGCGCGCUGCAUGAACUGGGAGCAAGAGCAUCGGCCAGAUCUAGCAACAUUGAGGGCCGAGAUCAAUGCGUAUUUGGCAAGCCACCCGAAAGUAAAGGAUAGCAGAGACUUUGGGCCGCUGAGAAUGUCGAAUCUGGAACAAGGACUGGGUAUUGGAGACAAAUUUGUAAGAAAGAGGCGAAAACCGGUCGCAGGAAAGCAACCCCGUAAAUGGCGAAAGGAAGACGAAGAUAAUAGUGAAAAGUGA